ACAAUUUUCUGAAACCAAACCAUCUGCACUGGAGUGAGCCUCACUUCCCAUUCCCUAGCACACCCACACUCAUUCUAGUACAGAGAAAGCCACAGAUCUAUCGACAAAGAGAUAACAAACUUCGUCCGUAGAUUGCGAGGAACGCUCAGGUUUUUACUCUCUAGAGAGAGCCAGAGACAGAGACAGACAGAGCCAUUUUUGUUUGACAGUAAGAGAUGGAGGAGUCAAAGGCAUUGGCUCAAAAGCACCACCAACAACAACAACAACAACAAAUGAUGCUACAACACCAUCAACAGCAGCAGCAGCAACAGCAACAAUUCCUGCUUUUUCAACAGCUUCAGAAACAGCAGCAGCAGCAGCAGCAGCAAGCGGCGGCCAUUUCUCGUUUCCCGUCAAACAUCGACGCGCACCUGCGGCCGAUUCGACCCGUCAAUCUUACACCAAACCCUAACAUCCCUAACAACAAUAUUCCUAAUUUGCAGCAAAACCCUAACAAUCCGAGCCCUCAGCAGCAACAAUCGCAGCAGCAGCAACAACAACUGCAGCAGCAGAAUAGGGCGAUCCGACCUGUGAAUCAACCGGAGCUCCAAAUGGCUUAUCAGGACGCCUGGCGGAUCUGUCACCCUGACUUCAAGCGCCCCUUUGCUUCUCUCGAAGACGCCUGCGAAAGAUUACUACCUUACCAUGUGGUUGCAGACUAUGAAGCAGAAGAGGAUGAUAGGAUCCUCGAUUCUGACACCACAGGCCAGAUGCCCUCUCGAUCCCAACAGUGGGAUCAUAACAUUGCUACCAAAGUUGCGGAGUUCACAGCCACAUUUGAGAAGCAGGCCCUUGCCUUCAACAUAAUAUCCCGCAAACGAGCUUUGGGGGAAUUUCGAUCUGAGGAGAGAUUGAUGAUAGAGCAGGCUCUUCUCCAAGAGGAGAGGCGAGCCAUUCUGGACGUAAAAACAGAGAUAGAGUCCAGAGAGAAGGCUGGUCGUGAGGCUCAUGAGGCAAAAUUGCGAAUGGCGGCCAUGGUCCAGGCAGAGCAAGCUCGAGCUGAAUCGCAGGCUCAUGCAGAAAUGAUGGCCCGAGGCCCAAUAAGAGCAAGUGCACUUGGGUCCCAGGGCAAUGACGUUGCAAUUGGUCAUGAUAUGGUAGAGCAUAAGCAAGGUGGUAUCGCAGAUGAGAUGAUAAAUGGAUGGGGAAGCAAUACUCAAAGGGAUGAGAAGGAGCCAUCUGAAGAUUUCUUGAACGAUGAAGAGACUGAAAAUGGAGCGGCAGGCAUGCAGGAUGGGUGGAGAGAAGUAGGGGAAUUUGAUUUGAACACUAGAUGAGACUUGAAUGAAUAGGGUAAUAAUGGAAAAAACUUGAUUGCGGCAGAGCAUGCAUUAA